GUUCUACUCUGUCUCAGUCUGCACUGACAACUUUCUGAGCUGCCCCUCCACAAUCUUCAUCAUCAUGGCAGUGGUUGUGGGUUCUGCUCCAUGGUUAGCCCCAAUGGCUCUGGUACUACUGGCAAUCACCCUGGCAGUACCAGCCCUGGGAGGGUGCCCAUCCGCCUGCCGGUGCUCCUUCGCCAUGCUGCAGUGCCUGGAGCCCAAUGGCAUUGCCACUAUACCCGCGUUGGCACUACAGGAGAGCGAGAACGUCACGGAAAUUUACAUCGAAAAUCAAGCCGACCUGGAGAACAUUACAGAAGUAGACCUUGCCAAUUAUAGAGAGUUGAAGAAUCUCACGGUCACGUUCUGCAGGCUGGCGUACAUCUCGGCAAAUGCUUUCGCACACAACCUCAAGCUCCAAUAUGUAAACCUGGCAUCUAACUCCCUGGAGCAUAUCAGUUGGAAGGUGUUCCAUUUUCAUCCCCUGCUCAACCUGGUUUUGAGGGACAACCCCCUUGAAUGCUCCUGUGAUAUCCAUUGGCUGCAGCAAUGGCAGCUUAACGACCACAGUGACCUCGACAACCAACCGCUACAAUGCUUCUCAAAUGGCCAUGCCCUACAGUUAGACUCCGUAGAGAUGGAGAAUUGCACUGUACCGGAUGUCGCCAUUGUCCAUGCCAACACCAAGGUCCAGGAGGGAGGCAACCUGACAUUUGUAUGUCAGGUGACAGGAGUGCCCAUGCCUGUAGUGAGGUGGCGCACGAAUAAACUGCUGUCUCGCUAUACUGUACAGGAGAGGUUCUGGGGCUCCACUUUGGAGCUGGAGUUGCAGCUGUGGAAUAUGUCAUCAGAAGACAACCUGCACAACUUGACCUGUGAGGCAGAGAACCGGGCCGGGCCUGGGGAAGAGAAAGUGACGUUGGACAUUGAAUUUCCAUCCAAAAUCAUAUUCCUGCACAACGCUGAGCAACAGCACCACUGGUGUUUCCCCUUUAAGGUGGAUGGAAACCCUGAGCCAUCCAUCCGCUGGCUUUUCAACGGUUCCAACCUGACCGAGGGCCGUUACACUUACACACAGUUCAUUCCCGACUCGAACGACGGCUCUGUGAUGCACGGUUGUCUAUUUCUCAACAAGCCCACCCACCUGAACAACGGCCUCUACACCAUCAUCGUGGGGAACAGACUGGGCGUGGACCAGGCCACGGCCACGGGGAUGUUCAUGGACAACCCCUUUGACCCCUUUGAUCCUGAGGGCAUCAUCCCAGUCCUUGAAGAAAGUGAUCCACUUCCCACCAACAAAUCUAAUGAGGAUGUCACUGAGAACACGGAGAGCAGAGUGUUUGGGGUGUCAGUGGCAGUGGGUUUGGCUGUGUUUGCUUGCGCCUUCCUCCUUAUGAUGGUACUGGUCAUCAACAAGUGCGGCCAGCAGUCCAAGUUUGGUAUUCACCGUUCAUCUGUCUUGGGAACAGAGGAUGAUCUUGCUGUGUCACUGCGUUUCAUGAACUUUGGGACCAGCCCUCCUUCCUCUGACGACUCUGGCAUGUCCAGCUUUGUGGAGAACCCCCAGUACUUCUGUGGCAUCUUCAAGGACAAAGACAUGUGUGUGCAACACAUCAAAAGACAGGAUGUAGUUCUGAAGUGGGAAUUGGGUGAGGGGGCGUUUGGCAAAGUCUACCUGGCAGAGUGUGCCAACCUCAGUCCGGACAGUGACAAAAUGCUGGUGGCCAUCAAGACUCUGAAGGAUGCCAAUGAGUCGACCCGGCAGGACUUCCAGAGAGAGGCUGAGCUGCUCACAGUGCUCCAGCACCAGAACAUUGUUCGCUUCUAUGGAGUGUGUACAGACGGAGAGCCACUGGCGAUGGUGUUUGAAUACAUGAGACAUGGAGACCUCAACCGCUUCCUCAGGGUGCACGGUCCAGAUGCCCAUAUCCUGGAGGAGGUGAAGAUGCCCCCGUUGGGCCAGCUCACUCUUCCCCAGAUGCUGCACAUCGCCGCCCAGAUCGCUUCGGGCAUGGUCUACCUGGCCUCCCUUCACUUCGUGCACCGAGACCUGGCCACACGCAACUGCCUGGUGGGAGAUAUGGGAGAGGGUCUGAUGGUCAAGAUAGGAGACUUUGGCAUGUCCCGGGACAUCUACAGCACAGACUACUACAGGGUGGGUGGGCGUACGAUGCUUCCUAUUCGCUGGAUGCCUCCGGAGAGCAUCAUGUACAGGAAGUUCACCACAGAGAGUGAUAUCUGGAGCUUUGGAGUGGUCCUCUGGGAGAUCUUCACCUAUGGGAAACAGCCCUGGUACCAGCUCUCCAACAGUGAGGCUAUCGAGUGCAUUACACAGGGCCGGGAGCUGGAGAGACCACGCACUUGCCCCAAAGAGGUGCACGGCCUGAUGCAGGGCUGCUGGCAAAGGGAGCCCCAGCAGAGGCUGGUCAUCAAGGACAUCCACAGCCGCCUCCUUGCCCUUGUCAAGAGCCCCCCUAUCUACCUGGACAUCCUGGGGUAGAGGUUGGGAGGUCUGGGGCUGGGGCAGUGUCCAGGCAAGGGGAAGUAGGGGAACUUACGAUCAGAGAUGACGGGUAUUGGGAAGGGGUGGGAGUUAGGUAAUGGACUGUGCGAUGGCCAUCCUGAACCUAAGCAUUGCCGUCAUUUACCUCUAUUGGUCUUAAACACACCGACACCCCCUCUGAUUGGAUAUUUGCUCAGGCCAAACUUAGCAAGGAUCUAGUCUGAUCGGUACCAUUGGGUUGGGAAGGGAGUAGGGUGAAGUUUCCCCUAGAUGCUGAUAUUGGGUAUUUUUGGGCCACUAAUGGUUACAGAUCGGAGUGGGGGAGGGGAAGCUGAUCCCAGAUCUGUGCCUCAGAGAAACUUUAACCUGAAGCGAUGGGAAGACAAUGAAGAUGGGGGUUACUUCCUACUUCCUGGCCACUGUUUUUUAACCCUAAAGCUGGACAUACUGUACGGACACUGGCAACAUCCAUGCUGCUUCAGCUUUGCCUACUACCCCAACUCGCCUCGUCUCAUGACGACCCAGCCCCAACUCUGUGUGCCGCUGACUAGGAGCGGGAGGAAAAGAAUGAGCCAGCGAAGACCUGUCAAGUGUUUACUGUGAGUGUUUUAUUGUGUGACUGAACGGGUGUUGUCCUGAUGAAGGGUUUUGCAUGAUUGGAGGAAUGCAGACUAUACAGUGCCUUUGGGAAAGUAUUCAGACCCCUUGACUUCUUCCGCAUUUUGUUACGUUACAGCUUUAUUCUAAAAUUGAUUAAAUUGUUUUCCCCCUCAUCAAUCUACACACAAUAGCCCAUUUUUUUGGUGCAAAUUUAUUACAAAUAAAAAACUGAAAUAAACAUUUGCAUAAGUAUUCAGACUCUUUACUCAGUACUCAGCACCUUUGGCAGCGAUUACAGCAUUGAGUCUUCUUUAGUGUGAUGCUACAAGCAUGGCACACCUGUAUUUGGGGAGUUUCUCCCAUUCAUCUUUGCAGAUCCUCUCAAGCUUUGUCAGGUUGGAUGGGGAGCAUUGCUGCACGGCUAUUUUCAGGUCUCUCCAGAGAUGUUCGAUUGGGUUCAAGUCCGGGCUCACAAGGAUAUUCAGAGACUUGUUCCGAAGUCUUGGCUGUGUGCUUAGGGUCGUUGUCCUGUUGGAAGGUGAACCUUUGCUCCAGUCUGAGGUCCUGAGCGCUCUGGAGCAGGUUUUCAUCAAGGAUCCCAUUGUACUUUACUCCGUUCAUCUUUGCCUCGAUCCUGACUAGUCUCCCAAGUCCCUGCCACUGAAAAACAUCCCCACAGCAGGAUGCUGCCACCACCACCAUGCUUCACCAUUGGGAUGGUGCCAGGUUUCCUCCAUAUGUGAUGCUUGGCAUUCAGGACAAAGAGUUCAAUCUUGGUUUCAUCAGACCAGAUAAUAUUGUUUGUCAUGUUCUGAGAGUCCUUUAGGUACCUUUUGGCAAACUCCAAGGGGGCUGUCAUGUGCCUUUUACUGAAGAGUGGCUUCUAUCUGGCCACUCUACCAUAAAGGCCUGAUUGGUGGAGUGCUGUAGAGAUGGUUGUACUUCUGGAAGGUUCUUCCAUCUCCACAUAGGAACUCUUGAGCUCCGUCAGAGUGACCAUUGGGUUUUUGGUCACCUCCCUGACCAAGGCCCUUCUCCCUCGAUUGCUCAGUUUGGCCUGGCGGCCAGCUCUAGGAAGAGCCUUGGUGGUUCCAAACUUCUUCCAUUUAAGAAUGAUGGAGGCCACUGUGUUCUUAGGGACCUUCAAUGCUGUAUAAAUGUUUUGGUACCCUUCCCCAGAUCUGUGCCUCAACAAAAUCCUGUCUCUGAGUUCUACGGACAAUUCCUUCAGCUUCAUGGCUUGGUUUUUUCUCUGACAUUCAUUGUCAACUGUGGGACCUUAUAUAGACAGGUGUGUGCCUUUCCAAAUCAUGUCCAAUCAAUUGAAUUUACCACAGGUGGACUCCAAUCAAGUUGUAGAAACAUCUCAAGAAUGUUCAAUGGAAACCAGAUGCACCUGAGCUCAAUUUCGAGUCUCAUAGCAAAGGACCUGAAAGGACUUAUGUAAAAAACAGGCUUCUGUUUUUAUACUUUAAAACAUUUGCUAAAAUGUAAAAAGAAUAUAUACAAACAUUUAAAAAAAAAUGUUUGUCAUUGUGGGGU